CAACAACAACGAGAUCAACAACAGAAAUAUCAAAUCAAGAAUGUCGAUGUUUCUCUAUUUCAUUUUGUCAAUGCCUCUCCUUUUUAUUUUCUUCAAAAGGCUCUCAUAUUCUAGGGGGAAGCUUCCUCCGGGACCUAUAGGUCUUCCGAUCAUCGGAAACUUGCACCAACUUGGAAAAUCACUUCACAGAUCAUUUCACAAACUCUCUCAAGAGUAUGGACCGGUGAUGUUUCUUCGUUUCGGCGUGGUCCCUGUGGUUGUGUUCUCCACAAAAGAAGCAGCUGAAGAAGUUCUCAAGACUCAUGAUCUCGAGACUUGUACCCGACCAAAGCUAGCCGCGACGAAGUUGUUCUCUUACAACUACAAAGACAUUGGCUUUGCUCAAUACGGUGAUGACUGGAGAGAGAUGAGGAAGCUUGCGAUGCUUGAGCUCUUUAGCUCCAAAAAGCUAAAAGCAUUCAGGUAUAUUAGAGAAGAAGAGAGUGAAUUGCUCGUCAAGAAACUCUCGAAGUCCGCCGAGACACAAACUUUGGUGGAUUUGAGAAAAGCUCUUUUCUCUCUUACAGCGAGUAUCAUAUGUAGACUUGCUUUCGGACAGAAUUUCCACGAGUGUGAUUUUGUCGAUAUGGACAAAGUUGAAGAACUUGUGCUCGAGUCUGAGACCAAUCUUGGCUCAUUCGCGUUCACUGACUUCUUCCCCGCGGGUCUUGGGUGGGUUAUAGACCGGAUCUCUGGCCAACAUUCCGAGUUGCACAAAGCCUUUGCAAGACUUAGUAAUUUCUUCCAACAUGUGAUCGAUGAUCAUUUGAAGCCUGAACAACCUCAAGAUCAUUCAGACAUCAUUGGUGUCAUGCUGGAUAUGAUCAAUAAAGAGAGCAGAGUAGGCACUUUUAAAGUCACAUAUGACCAUCUUAAAGGAGUCAUGUCGGAUGUAUUUUUGGCGGGAGUAAACGCAGGAGCGAUAACGAUGAUAUGGGCCAUGACAGAGCUGACAAGACAUCCAAGAGUGAUGAAGAAACUCCAACAAGAGAUUCGAGCAACUCUUGGAGACAACAAAGAAAAAAUCACGGAGCAAGAUUUGGAGAAAGUUCACUAUUUGAAACUUGUGAUACAAGAAACUUUCAGACUACACCCACCAGCUCCCCUCUUGCUCCCAAGAGAGACUAUGUCUGACAUCAAGAUUCAAGGUUACAACAUUCCUAAAAACACAAUGAUUGAGAUCAACACUUACGCAAUAGGACGUGAUCCCAAUUGCUGGACGAACCCUAACGAGUUUAUCCCCGAGAGGUUUAUAGAUAACCCUAUAGACUACAAGGGUCAGCAUUUUGAACUGUUGCCAUUCGGUGGAGGCCGUAGGAUCUGUCCCGGGAUGGCCACUGGGAUGACCAUCGUGGAGCUCGGUCUACUUAAUGUUCUUUACUUCUUUGAUUGGAGUUUGCCCGAUGGAAUGACCAUUGAAGACAUUAACAUGGAAGAAGCUGGAGCUUUCGUCAUAGCCAAGAAAGUCCCGCUUGAGCUGGUUCCAGUUAUUCAUUACUAG